AUGGCAGAGAUCGGUACUGCGGUGGCUGGGAAAGUGGUGGACUCAUUUUAUGAGGGGGAGGUUCAAGAACUGGUAGAUAUAUCCAUCCGUAAAGGAGAUAAGAUUCUAAUCAUAUUAGACGACGUCUGGGAUGAGCUAAAUUUGGAAAAUCUGUGUAUUCCAUGUGGGAAUAAUUACAUGAAUUGUAAGAUCUUAUUGACGUCUAGAAGUGAAAAAGUGUGCCAAAAAAUGAAUGCUCAAAGUAAAAUAUGUGUAAACUCUUUGUUAAAAGAAGCAUGGAUUCUUUUCAAACGCGUGGUCGGUGAAAGAUUGGAGACAGAGUCCAAUUUGAAACAAGUUGCAUUGAAGGUUGUUGAAGAAUGCGGUGGAUUGCCAUUGCUUCUUCAAGCGGUAGGAAAUGCCUUGAAAAAUGAAAGCAUCAAAUCGUGGAAUUGGGCUCUUACUCAACUGCAGAAACAUGCGCCCUUGGAUAUCGAUGAGGGGAUAAGUAAAGCAUUUACUCAUUUGAAGCUAAGCUAUGACUAUCUUAGAAGUGAAGAAGCCAAGUCAUGCUUCUUGCUUUGUAGCAUGUUCCCUGAAGACUAUGAUAUUCCAUUGGAAAAAUUGGUUUUGUAUGGAGUGGGAUUAGAAAAGUUUGAUGACUUGGAUAGCAUAGAGGAUGCAAGAGGCAGGGUUCAAAAUACCGUGAAUAGCCUCACUUCUUCUGGAUUGCUAUUGAAAGCAAAUGAAGAAGGCUUUACCAAAAUGCAUGACGUUGUUCGUGAUGUGGCAUUGUUAAUUGCAUCUGAAGUGAAUAACAAAUUUCUUGUGAAAGCUCGACAAGGUUUAACUGAAUGGCUGCCAAGACACACUGGCUUAGAAACCUACAAAGGAAUUUCACUAAUGUAUAAUGACAUCAACAAGCUUCCUGAUUAUAACGUAAACAUACAACAGCUUGAGUUGUUCCUUGUAUUUGGCAAUUGUCAUCUGUCAAUAAUUUCUGAUGAAUUCAUUAGGUGCAUGAAAAAAGUAAAAGUUUUAGAUAUCUCCUGGAAUGAUUUCUCAUCCUUGCCACAAUCAUUUCUACUCCUCACAAAACUUCAUAUGCUGGAUCUUCACGGAAAUACAUCUUUCCAUGAUAUUUCGAUACUUGGGGAGUUAAAAGACCUCGAGAUUCUAAUUCUAAAUAAAACUGGAAUCACUGAAAUUCCUGAAGUGAUUUCCCAGUUACUAAACUUAAGGGUGCUUCAAGUUAGAGAAUGUGUGAAUCUGUCUCGCAUAACACAGGGUGUUAUAUCAGCACUCUGGAGAUUGGAAGAGUUAAGCAUUCAUUUCAAAUUGAAGUUCAAAGGAGCUUAUGAUUGUAUUGUUGAGGUAAUGAGCUUGUCAAAGCUCACAUACUUGGACGUUGCAGUUCCAAAUAUUGAUGAUAUUCCUCCUCAAUUCACAUCUGAGAAUUUGAAAGGUUUUGUGAUUCAAAUAGGAGAAUACAUUCAAUAUACUUCUGAAUGGAACAUCUCAAGGUCAAAUUGUUAUCUAUUUCUCUCAACAAUACAUCUUAGCAUUCCAUUAUUGAAAUGGUUAAAGAAACUAAUUGAGAUAAGUCGUCCACAUAUAUUUUUAUCUAGAAUUAAUAGCUCAAAUAGUAUUAUGUCAGCCCUGUAUGAUGAAGGUUUCAUUGAGUUAGAGCAUAUUGAGUUAAAAUAUUGCGAUAAUGUGUCAUGGUUAGUCGACAAUGGUAAGAGGUAUCAUAACGAUGAAGGGAAAACAGAGGAAAAACUUUUCAAGGAACUAAAACACCUUUCAUUGUCUUAUCUAAGGAAUUUGGAGGUGUUAUGGAAAUGCCCCUAUGAAUAUGUAAGUCUUACUAACCUAGUCACUCUUAGCAUUGACAAUUGUCACAAGUUAGAAAGAGUAUUCCCAGUGAAUGUAACACAUGGCCUUGGCAAUCUCAAGAAAUUGGAAAUUAAAGAGUGUUUUGAUUUAAAGGAAGUGAUUUACGGGGGUGGUGGAGGUGGAGAUGAUGAAUCUGAAAAUGUUAUUGUAUUCCCUUUUCUUGCCAUUAUCGAAAUUGAAGCAUCACGGGAAUUCAAAAGGUUCUUCAACGCAGCUGGGAAUUGGAGAAUCAAAUAUCCAUCUUUGGUGACAGUUGGAAUAUAUGAUUGUUUCAGUAUGGAGAUAUGGGGACUUGGAAUCCAUGAAACACCCAAACUUGAGAGAUUGGACGCAAGUUGUUUCCAGGCAACGGGUGAAGAAGGAUAUCUUGAAUAUUUUAGUCUAACACUGGAUGGACCUUGUGCCAUAAAUGAAGCUGUGUCAAGCGCACCAUGGACUGGAUUUUUUUAA